GGAAGGAUUACUUUGGGCAGCCGCAUGUAUGAGAGACAGGAGGAUCACUUCGGUACGGUUCGAGACGGACUGCUUGGACUUAGUGGACAUGAUUACAAACCCGAUGGACUGGCCAGCAUUCGCGACAGAGUUCGAAGAGUUCCAGAGGUUACAAGAUGAUUUCGAGGAUGUGAGACUAUCUCAUAUUCCUCAGAGUCAGAAUGGCCGGGCAGACGCGUUAGCGAAAGAGGCAAGAUCCAGAGAUUAUAUUUUCUCCCAUAUAGAUCAGACCCGGACAGAUGGAGAUGCUCCUCGGAGAAUCGACUCGUCUGUUCUCCACUUGAUCUAGCUUAGAUGGGAAGACGACAAAAAAAAAAAAAAAAAAAUUCUAUUAUGCUAAGAUUUGUAGUGUCUAAAAACAAAAACGGUAUUGAUCCUCUGUGAUUUUAAAAAGACAAUACAUGUCUCAAGUAAAUACCUUCGACAAACUGGUAAUAUCUUUGUCAUUGCAAUUAAAUCAAAAAUAUAUAUGAAGGAAAUCAAAUAACUCAUAAAUCACCAAGGUUGGAAUUGUUGAGGGUUUUGUGUGUAUGAACGAAGGGGGAGACAUUGCUUAUAUGAUUGUCAUAAAGCCAAUUCCAUGUAUUUGUUUCUUUUCUAACCAAUUAAGACGGAAUAGAUUAGUCAUAUUAAUUGGAUAUUACAAUAACAGGAGACAUGUUUUUUCAACACAAACAAGAAAAAGCCAUGUGAACUUCCACCAUCUUUGUAAUCUGCCUAACAUAUAUUGUAUUAAAUUAUAGAUUUUUUGCUUUUUGUUAUGUUUACGGUUUAAAAAUACCAAAUUGCGUAUAUUUACUUAACUUAAUUUCUAGCUGGGCUGGCUAAAGGAAAGACAUAUAGACCGAAUGUUACCUUGCAUACAUAUUAGACUAUUUCUAAUGUAUUCUUUUAUUUUUACCUCUAAAAUAAAGUAUCAUCUCUAAAAUAGAGAUGAAUUUCUCUCUAAUGUAUAUUUCUAUUGUUGCCUCUAUAAUUGAAUAAUUUCAAAAUAUUAUAUUUUAAUUUUACAAGAAAUGUCUUUUAUUUAUAAAAAUUGAUAACCAACCCUAUUUACUUUUAACUUUUAAAAGAUUUUCAUAAAAUUAUGAAUUUUUUAAAAGUAAAGUUUUAUUAAAAGACUAUUAGGUAAAUAAAAAUGUAAUUCCAUUAUAACAAAAACUUUAUUUCUCUAUACAAUAAUUACUUUGAUUAUAACUAUAAAAUUUGAAAGUUAAAGAACUGAUUUGAAAAAAAAAUAUGACUAUAUAAUUGAGGAAUGCUAUUUUUUCUCUAUAAAUAGAAAAAAAAAUAGCAAUAUCUAUUUUAGAAGUGAAAUAAAGGUGGGAUGGAACACAUUUGACUCUAUUAUAACAUAUAGAAUUAUAGAGGUGAAAAUAAUAAUGAGUUGUAGAUGUUCUUAGACCAUUUCCAUUGGUUUACUUUGUUUUUUCCUUUAAAAUAGAGUGAUUUUAUAGUAGAGUUGGAUGUUGCUCCAAUGAUACUUUAUUUUAUAGUGAAAAAUAGAGUGAUGAACAAAGAAAAAAAUAUAUAGAGUAAAUAUAUUUUUUACUCUAUUAUAGAAUAGAAAAUAAAAUGUCAUUUAAACAUUUUUACUCUGAACUCUAUUUUAUAAUGAAAAAAUAUAUUGAGAUUGGAGAUACUCCAGCGUACUCGUGAUUCAUUAUGAUUUAACUUAAUUUAAACAAAUGUUUUUAAUUUUAGUGAAUAAAAGAAAAAAAUAUCCCGACUCUUGAAAGUAAAAUAAUAAAAAAGGAGUAAAUGAUAUUAUCCCGGUAAUUAUUGAGUGGAAACAAGUGUGUGUUUUUCUUUGUUUCAAAUAGUAAUCAGAGCAAUAUAAAAAUAUUCCACUUCAUUGAUAAAUUAUAUGUAAAUUUAGAGUAAUACAAUACUUAUAGUAUAUAUUUACUCCACAGUGACCAAUUAAUAACAGCCUAUAAGUUUUAACUGUUUCUAGAGUAAUACAAUAUAUGUUGAUUUUCUACCUCCGAUUUUGCUGUCUAAACCGGUGAUUUCUUAGUAGAGUAGUUGAUGUUAUUUAAAAACAAAUUUCAGUUUUUAUGUUAAAGAAAAUAAAAAAGAGAUAACUUCGAUGAAUCACCAGCUAAAAAUUUUCUUACCAGUGGUCUAGUUAGUAUUUCAUAAAUAAAAUGGAGUAAAAAUGUGAAAAUAUGAAAAUAAAUAGAUAAAAUGGAAUAAAUGUUAUUAAUCUGAUAAAUAAUAGAGUGAAAAUAAGUGUGUGCUUUUCUUUGUUUAAAUAAUAUUGAAAGCAGUAUUUCACUUAGCUGAUAAAUUAUAGUUAAACUUAGGGGGUGAUUGGUAGUUGAUGUAGGUGCUGUCCACAAUCCUAUUUAUUUUUAUAGCACCAAAUUUAGAGCAAUCAAGCUUUAAUUUUUUUUUUUGAAACCACAGCUCUUGAAAUAACCUACAGCUGUACAAGUGCUCUGCAGAGUCAAAUAUCCAAAGCAAUUGUUUAGUGCUUUCCAUAAAAUUUUACAGCAAUAAAAUCUAAAGCCACAAUAAAAAGUCUGUAGAUUUUUUUUUACAUCAAAAAUUUAAAAGCUACAGUCAUUACCAAUCGGACCCUUAAUGUAAUACAAGACUUAGAGUAAAAAAAUUACUUUAUAAUGACCAAUCAGUCUGUCACAGCCUAAAAGUUUUGAUCGUUUCUGGUCAAGAAAGUUUCAAUUGAUAUGUUAAGGAAUUUCGAAAGAGGGGUAACUUAGAUGAAUCAUGUCAUAUCCAAAUUAAAGUCACAAUCCAAAACAAGGACAGUUUAAUUGUUAUAUGUAACCAGUUAUGUUAUUUUUGUUGGUUUAUGAUUGGUUAUCAAUACUUAUUAUGAUGCACACACUGCUACACACAACCAAUAAACCUGGUUCGAAUAAAAAAAGAUAUAGCGACGGCGGAAACAAAACAUAAAGUAAAAGAUGGUGAACAGAUUGUAUGAGCUUAUAAUUUGUCAUGACAACAACCAACAGAACCAUGUAGUACUAACCUUAUGUUUGCUGGUCAAACUAUAUAGUAUUUGUGAUUGGCACAUUAUUAACGUCCCUAAGUUGUAAUUUAUAAAAUCUAGAAACAGUUGACACCAAAUUAUUAGACAAACAAAUCCGACCGGGGCAUGGCAGUGUUACUAUUCUAUUAUAAUUUAUAAGGAGUUCAUCUAAAUUAUUUAAUACUAAUUAACAAAUAAGGUUACGUCAGCUAUGAAAUUAUGUCGAUUAUGUUCUAGAAUUUAGAUGACUACUGUUAAAGCUUAGUUUUCAAAUCCGUUGACAACUAAAAGUUCAGUAAUUUUGGAAGCGAAGAAUUUAAUCUUGUUCCAUUGUUUAUUAAUCCAAAUAUAAUCCGAGUUGGUCAUAGAUGUUAGCUGGUUCGCUAAUUGCUAGUCAAUAAUCCCUCUCCCUCAUUUCUUGCAAUGGAUUUAUGGAUACUUCUUUUUCGUAAGAAACUCAAUUUUGGAAAAUAGACGAAAUGUAUUUUAAGUUUUGGAAUUUAAGAAGAUCUAUUUUUUUUCAUCUCAUAUUGAUGGUAACUUGUUUGGGGGUUUAUGGAAUCGUUUGAACUUCAUAUCUCCUGUUAACUAACUAUGGGCCUUGGUCCAUAGCUUAACCACUAAAUUGUCUUUGUUAAAUCAGUUAAAGUUUAAAACGUUCCUUAAGUCACGUUUACUUGCCAAAGAAACCAAUCAAAUAUUACCUCCAUAAGCUUGCAGUAAUCUAAAAGGAAAGAGGAAUCGCGAUGUUUAAUUCGGGUUCAGUUCGUUAACAUUCCCGGAUCAGGCCCAUGGUAUAUGUUGGGCUUUACCAAGACAGUGAUGGGUUUUGUUUGUACUUGAUCCGUAGCCGACAUGGCAUUAAAAGAUAAAUCACAUGGAGAAGAGACACGUGUCGAACUUAACGGCAAUAGCGGCUUCGGGUUGUGGUUAGGGCACGAUCUUUCGUAAAGCAAACAUAAAAACAGAGCGGUGAUGGUCCCACGCACACUUGUCUGCUGCAUUGUGGGACCCCACUUUGCUAACAUGGACCCACACGUUCUUUGCUCUUUUCUUAUUUCCAUAAAAUGUUUAAUCCCAUGUCAACUCAUACCCAAUAACCCAAGUCUAAUCUUAUUGCAUUAUUUGACAAAACGCACAUAAUCGUCUCAUCAUGUACAUAGAUGUGUCUUUUAACCAUGCAGAUAUUUUCUCGUUAGGUAACACGUUUAUUAAGGUUUCAAGAAAAGUGUCAAAUCACAUCAUUGAACAAGUUUUCCACCACCAUCCGAUCAAAUCGUUGAGCAAAACUCAUGAGCAUCAAGUUCUUAUCAUGUCUGCCAAGUUUAGUGUGAAAAUUUAUAGACAUUUCAGUAUUGAACUGCAAGGUUUUAAUGAGUAGUACGUUGUGAUACUUAAUUGGUCUUAUAUAUGUAUAUUCAGUAUAGUUUUGCAUGUCUUCAAACCAUAAUUAAACUUCAAAAUCUAUAUAUCCAUUGUAUUGAACUAAGUCAAACAAAUAUAUAUAUAUAUAUAUAUAUACACAUAAAUUGCAUGCAUUCAACCAUAUAUAGUAACUACAAAUUAUAUUAUUUGUAUUGAAUAUAAAAUACAAAUAUCUUUGAGACUUUUGGGGGUUUUAGCAGACACUACCAGUGUCCACUUGUUGUUAACAUCAAACUAUAUAUGUCCGUUGUUCAUUAGAAGCGUGUGAAUUAGUACUUUAUUAGCAUUAGAUAUAUACUAUAUAAUUGCCAUAAAGUCAACGUAAUGCAACGAAAUACCUAGGUGGCUGUAAUGUCAUUAUGUUCAAGUAGAUACGAACAACUAAACAUGUAUCAUGUAUAAAAUUGACCAACAUAUAUUUCAAUGUAAAUGAUUUAAUAAUACGUACACAUACCCACACAAUGAAUGAAUAUCAUAUACAGGACGUUGCAAUACUUGAUAGUUAUAUAUUCAAUUAAUCACAGAUAAUAUAUAUUAUACAUGUGUGGUGUUAGACUUUGAAUAAUGAGUUUAAGUCAAUGAAUAAGCCAUGCGUAUGAUAAAUAAAUUAAACAAACUUGGUUCAAUGUUUCUGUGAAAAGAAACGUAGGUUUUACCUGUCAGAAAUGCAACAAUCCGUUUGGAGAAUGUUUUGGCAGAAAAAAAAAACUGCUAACCUUUUUGUCAAUCGCCAUUAGAAAUAUCGAUCUUACCGCGUAUGCUAAGGUUCCCGAGAAACAUACACAUGAAGUGAAUGAAAGACGAGUUAUAGGGGACAAAAGUUAACAAGGUAGCGUAAAACCAUGCAAAGUGUUUGAAGGCUCCAACGUAGAGACAAAGAGUUAGGAGCUAAAAACCGCUUCUUGGGAUAAACAAAAGAAGCAUAUGCAUCAAAAACCCUAAUCCUACUUUUUGCACGUUUCAAUUACCAGCUAGAUUUUUGCUCCAUUUAUUAAUACAAAUAUAGAUAUAUACAAAAAAUAACUAAGCGGUGUCAAUCUGAGGAUGCUAUAACUACGAGAGAGAAGACACAAGUUUGGUCUUUUCACUUUUGCUUGGAAGGUUUCUCUGGUUUGCAUCAGUGAAUCCUUCAUAGACAUAAGAGGGGCCACACAGACACCCUAAUCUGACCAUCGCUACAGUUUUCUUCUUCUCACUCAGACAUUUGCAUGUUCUCUUCUUCUCCUCUACCAUCACAAUAUCUUCAAAACGUCAUAUCUCUCUCCAUCUCUCUAUAUAUAUAGGUCUGCAACUGUCUCGGUUAUAGUCCAAGUCAUAUAUCUUUCUUGGUCUCUAUUACUGGUAUGGAUCCGUUGAGGACUACUUGCUUCUAUUUCCUUUGUAUCGUCUUUGUCAUCCUUUCUCCGAGUUGCUUAUGCGAUUCUCGCCGUCUUGGACCCAUGGAGAAGAAGCUUGGUGUGAAUCGUGACCAUUUAAUUGCGGAGAACAACGAAGAAAUUACAAAACAAGGCGUUCCUUCAACAAACGUGGCGAAAACCUUAUUGAGUGAAGCACCGAUCGAACAUGACGUAGCUAACCAUGGUCAGAUAAAUGGGAAUAGUACGAAGGACGGUUUCAGGGUAAAACGUGCUUCACUAGACAAAACCGUGCCGUCCAAAAGAGUCUCGAGAACUUGGAAAGUUCCUAAAUAUUCAAAGAAGCAGCCUAGAUCAGAUCACGAACAUCCAGCAUUCAGUCUCGACUACAUGCAGCCCAGCACCCAUCCGCCUCAUCAUAAUUAACUUUCUCUUGAUCAAAUUUCUACAUUUUGACUCGUUUAAUGUGGUCACAAACGACCUAGUUUGAAGCUUUAUAUAAAAUAUACUAUAUGUUAAAUAAAAUAAACUAGUAAAGCAGGUUCUUGAUGUUGUACGAUACUACUCCGGUUGCAUUUCUUGAUUUUGUGACUAUAUCACGCAUUCGUGCGCAUAUAUCGAUCAUGGUGCACUACUAUAUUUACUCGUCUCUAUAUACAUGCAUGGUUACCUCUCUUUUGAAUUUUUUUUUUUUGUUGUUAAAGUAGUCCUUUGAAUGUUAUGUUAAUACUAAAUAAGAAUGUACUUUUGUUGUUGUAAAAAAUUUCGUGAUAUUAGACUAACUUACUAACGAUUGAUUGAUCAUGAUUCAAAAUUUAAAAAGCAGCGAAAAUUUUGAUAUACUUGAUGGUUACAUAGCUAUAAGUUCUGAUGGCAUUAAAACUUUGCAUAAGCAAGUUUGUAGUAUGUACAUAUGUCAGUCAGUAAAGUUGGAGCCGAGGAAACAAAAGAUUGCCCAUAGUGACAAAAACCAUAUAAAUUUCAUUUGGCACACAUGAUGGUUGUGCAUGGUGUUCGGUGUCUCGUUCGAAUUAGUUGGUUCAGAUUUUUGGUGCCAUGUUCGUAAGUUCCGUUCGGUUUUACUAUUUCCAGUUCAUGUUAGUUAUUUGGGUUCGGUUUGGAUUGAAUUACAACCAAUACAUAUUUGAAACACCCAAAAUUUGAAUUAAAAAAACUAUUAAGAUGGAUAUUUGAAUCACCCAAAAUCUAAAUUAGGUCAAUCUUAAAAUUUUAGUAUUUGUGAUUUGUUUCCUUUUUAACGUAUACUAGAUUCUGAUCCACGCAUCUGCGUGGAUGUUUUCUAAAAAAAUUAUAUUGUUCAAAUUUUCUUUUACCUGUUUGUAGAGCUGGUCAAAAAAUAAUGAAAAGUAAAUAGUUAAAGUAGCUAAACGAUAUUCAAAACACCAAAAAAUACUUAAAAUAUUUUUUUCUCACAAAAAGCAAAAAUACUUAAACGAUAUUCAAAACACCAUAAAAUACUUAAAUUUAGGUAUUUUUUCUUAAAUUGCUCAAAUUUAUAUGUUAUAUUAUUUUUAUUUUUAGAUUUUAAGAAAUGUAAAUUAUAUAUGAAUUUUAAAAAAUUUAAAAUAAUUUAAACGGUUUAUCUGAACCCGAACAAAGCUCUUAAAGAUCCGAACCAAACGAUAAUGGGUAACUAAAAGCCCACCUCUACAUCAUUGAUUUAUAUAUUUUUACCACUUACCAAUUUUUAAAAUAUGUUUACUAUAAUUUUCUAAGUUAUAUGAAUCAAUUUUAUUUUUUAUUUUAAAUUAUCAUUUGUUUUAGUUGUUUAUAUAUAUCUUGAUGGGUCAGAACUGAAAUGUAGAUUUGUAACAAUAAUGGUAAAUUAUCAUUAUUCGUUUGUUUAUAUAUUAUUUAUUGAAAAUUACCAGAAAUACUACAUUCAUAGUUACACUUUUUAUGUUUACACUAACCAUUUUUACCCUCACUUUUAAUGAAGGAUAAAAAAAAUUAUAUAUUUAAGGUUUACUAAUCCAGACUUAGAGGUGGAGAAGAGUUUUGGAAUGUAAAAUUAAGGAUUCUAAUAAAUAUAUAAAUAAAUACUUAAAAAAUAUAAAACAGAAUUAAAAAAAUCAUUUCAAACAUAAUUUUUCGAUUUUUAAAAAGCAGUUUUGAAAGAAAAAAAAUCAAAAAACAAAAAAAUUAUAAAAAAAAGUUUGAAUUUGAAAAAGUAUAAUUCGAAAACAUAAAAAAUUAUUUUUUUAUCUAUUUAAAUAAUUAUUUAUUAUAUAUAUAGAUAACAAGUGUAUAAGAGCAUGAUUAUAGCUGCCGAUUUCUUUAAAAACUCUUUUUUUUAGUUUGAAAAAAAAAAAUAACCAAUCGCGGGCCGCCACAUGUCAGUAGGGCCCGCAAACAGUGCAAUAAACACUCCAAAAUUGAUCCUUAUUUCAUAUGUUUUAUGAUCGAUUAUUAACCUUUUUGUGGGGUACACACUCUAAAAAACCCACUAGGACCCCGCAAUAAAGAUGGUCUAAAAGUCUUUUGACACUUAAUGAAGAUUGUAUUUUUGAAAAUGUUCUUUUAGUGGUGGUAAAGAUGAAUAAUGGUACCAUGAAAUUGACAAACAUGAAAUUCUCUCAUUAUUUAUUUAUUAUCAUAAUUCAUUACUUAUGUCAAAUUUACAUUUUUAGUUCUUAAUAGAAUAUAUAAAUAGGUAUUAGAUGAUAUUUUUAUAAUAAAAUUAUUCACAUUUAUUAUAUAUAUUUUCUUAAAAUAUGUAUUUUGUGCAAUAUGUUAUAUUUUAAACUAUAUUAGAUAAAAUAUGUUAAUUCCUUUAUUACUUUUAAUUAUAUAUACAUUGUCUUUGGGAUUCAUAUUAAUCUAUUGUACUAAACCCACAUAAUCAUACAAGUAAUCAAAAUGGGUAAUUAUGAUAUAAUAGUAACAAAUAUGGGAUAAAAUAAUUAAAAAUUUUUAUAAGCCCAAUUUGGUGAGCAAACAAGAAAAAAUGGGGGGGGGGGGGGGGGGGGGGUGGGGAGGAUAAGUUUUAAAUAGGUACGUGGAAUAUUGGUUUUAAUGUAACUGAAAUUUAUGAUUUAAUCGAUAGAUUUCUAAUUUAUUUUAUAGUAUACAUAUAAGGAAUCUUAUUAUAUAAAGUUAGGUUUUUCAAAAUUGCUAAUUAGCAUGAUCGCGACAUGUGUAAAUAAUUUUUUUAAGAUUGCAACAUGUGUCAAAAAAUAAUCUCUUUUCUUAGGAUUUAAAAGAGAUUUAAAAAACAAAAGUUAUUAUUACAAAAAUAUCUUUUUAUGAUUAUUUUUAACAUUUUGGAAAAGAAAAAUUACUAUUACAUAGUCUUUUACAAUUAUAUAUUGUUAAAAUUAUUGGAUAGUAAUUUUUAUUUUUUUAAAUCCUAAACAAGUAAAUAAUUAUAAAAAUUUAUUUGAAAGUAAUUUUUUGUUAAAAAAAGUAUAAUUUUCGUUUUUAAACAUAAUAAAGAAAGAAGAUUGUAAAAAAAAAAUAUUUGCUAAAAAAAAAACUAAAAAAGCAAAUUAUGAAAUCCUACAAAUACAAGAUAUUAUUUAAUAAAAUCAAAAAGUAAAACUGACUAUAAAAUAAGUAAUAUUUCUUUUUUAAAAGCCUAAACAAAAGAAAAUUGUAAAUGUUAUACUAUUAUAUUGCUAUUACAUAGUCUUUUACAAUUAUAUAUUGUUAAAAUUAUUGGAUAGUAAUUUUUUUUUUAAAAUCCUAAACAAGUAAAUAAUUGUAAAAUUUUAUUUGAACGUAAUUUUUGUUUUAAAAUAUAUAAAUUUAGUUUUUAAAAAUAAUAAAGAAAAAAAAAAUUGUAAAAGAAAAAUAUUAACUAAAACAAAUCUAGAAAAAACGAAUUAUAAAAUCCUACAAGUACAAAAAAUUAUUUAAUAAAAAUCAUAAAGGAAAACUAAAUAUAAAAUAAAUAAUAUUUAUUUUUCUAAAGCCUAAACGAAAGAAAAUUCUAAAAAUAUUACUAUUUUUUUACUAUAAAUAACAAAUUUCCUUUUUAUACAUAAUUGUAUGUUAAUAAUUUAUAAAUAAAAAAUAGCUACAAAUAUUUCACAACUAUAUUUAGGUUUUAGUUCCACAUAUUAUUUUCAAAAAAAAGUUAUUUACGAGAAAAAUAUUACCUAAGUAUUUUCUUUUAAUUUCUUGAUACAACUCAAUUUUCCUUAUAAUCUUAUUACAUUACGAUGCUAACGUAAUUUUUUCAAUUAUGAUGUGUUGUCGUUUAUUAGUAUGUGUGAAUAUAAAAGUAUGAUAGAUAUGUGUUUAUACGUAUAAGACAAAAUAUUAAAUUCAUUAAACAGAAAAUUUUAUUAAAAAUAAAUUGAUUUUAUACAAAUUUUAAACAAAAAUGAAUUAGAGUAUCCUACCUAUAUAAGAAAACUUUUAAUGAAAAAUAUUAAAUAAAAUAAUUAUAAAAUAAGUAAGUUUCCUUUUAUAAAAGUCUAAAUAGAAUAAAAUAGUUAAAGAAAUAUUAACUAACUUUCCUUUUUCAUACGUAAUUUUGUGUUUAGAAAAUUAUAAACCAAAAUAACUUCAAAUAUUUCACUCGAUAUGAUUGUUACAUGUGCAAAUAAAAAAUAUCAUAUUGUUAAUGUGUUAAUAAAAACCUCGCAUUACGUAAAAAUAUUUUUUCUUUCCUAAAAUCCUAAAUAAAAUAGAUUUGUAAAGUAUUUUUUCCUUUUUUAAUCUUGGCCAAAUAAGAUUUUUUUUAAAAACAAAAUCCUUACAAAAGAUAAUUGUAAAAGUCUAUUUAAUAGUAAUUUUCACUUUUAAAAUUUAAUGAUAGACAUGAUACUAAAAUCUAUCUAAUUAACAAAGAAAAAUUGUUAAAAUAGUUGUGAUAUUGAUAAAACGAAUUUUGAAAAUAGUAACUUCUAAAAAUAGUUAAUAUUAACUGGAAAUAAUUAUUUGAUAGUAAUUUAAUUUUUCUAAAUCCUAAACAAAAUUAAAUUUUAAAAUAUUAUUUAAUAUUAAUUUUUUUUUCUAAAACCCUAAAAAAACUUUAAGAGAAUAUUUGAUAUAUUUUUAAAAAAUUAAAAACAAAAGAGAUUUUAUCAUAUUUUUAAGUUGUAACCAAAAUAAAAUUGUAAAAAGUUAUUUGGUAAUGUUUUUAAGAAAUAUUUGAUGAUGAACAUGAUACUAAAAAUUACUCCCUCUGUUAAAAUUAGUUUAGAUACGAAUUGUAUAAACAAUAUUUUUUAAACUUAUUUAAUAGUAACUAGAAAUAAUUAUUUGAUAAAAUUUUAUAUUUUCUAAAAUUUUAAAGAGAAGAUAAUUGUAAAAAUUUAUAUGAUAGUAAUUUUCCUUUCCUAAAAUCCUAAACAAAAAUAUAAAAGAGUAUUUAUAUAUAUAUAUAUAUAAGGAUUGUAUAUGAAAAGGAGCCCUUUUAAAAAAAAUCCAAACAAAAAUAAAAUUUAAAAUGAUUUAAUAAUAAUUUAAAAAAAAAUCGAUGGCAAGUAUGAUGUUAAAACUGUUUAAUUAACAAAAAUAAAAAAUUAGGAUGUCGUCAUGAUUGCUAUUUAUAUGUUUUUGGUCAUACGAAAAUCAUACAUAUGUUUGAUAUAUAUUUUCAUGUUUGGUCAUAAGAAAUAAAUUAUUAUUAUUAUUGUGAGCGAAGUGAUUUUUUAUGCAUUUUGUCAAAAAAAUCAAGUUUCAUCGCUAUCUUAUUACAUUUUUUUGUUUUUACUAUGUAAUGUUGUUAUAGAAAUAUAUCAUUAAGAAAUAAUAAAUGAAGAAAAUUAUUAAGCAUGAGAUAAGUUUUAAUAAAAUAUUAAACUAUUACAUAAGAAAGUGUAUGAUGUUGUCAAUGACUCGAUUGACCUUAUUUAACUUUCAAUUUUGUUCAUUCUAAUUCUUAAUUCGGGUUGGAUUGAGUUUAGAUUAAUAG